GUCCGGAUGGGGGAGAAGCUUGUGAGAGGAGAGGCAGAGGGAAGGAACGAAGGAGGAAAAGGAGGAGGAAAAGAAAGCUUGUGAUUGUGUCUGUUGUCUUCUUUCUUCGUCUGCGCUUCUUUUUCUCUCCCCUUCUUCUUCUUCUUCUUUUCUCUUCUUCUUCUCUUCGCUUCUUCUCCUUCUCCUUCAUCAUCAUCAUCAUCAUCAUCAUCGUCAUCAUCUGCUUCUUGUUCAUCUGCUUCCUCUCUGUAAGAAGUAGUUAGUAGCUAUCACGCUUGUCCGCCCCUCUUCGAUUGUAUCUUAUCUCCCGCCAUGCCUCCCAGGGUUAUCGUCGUUGGUGGUGGACUGUCCGGCCUUAGUGCGGCUCACACCGUCUACCUGAAUGGCGGCAAUGUCCUUGUCCUUGACAAGCAAAACUUCUUUGGCGGCAACUCUACCAAGGCCACCUCAGGUAUCAACGGCGCUCUCACCCGGACACAAACUGAUCUAGGCAUCGCGGAUAGUGUGAAGCAGUUCUACGAGGAUACCCUCAAGUCCGCCAGAGACAAGGCUCGUCCAGACCUGAUCAAGGUCCUUACCUACAACUCCGCCUCCGCCAUUCACUGGCUGCAAGAGAUCUUCAACCUUGAUCUGACUCUAGUUUCGCGACUCGGAGGACAUUCCUUCCCGCGAACGCAUCGUGGCCAUGAUGCCAAAUUCCCCGGUAUGGCCAUCACAUAUGCUCUUAUGCAGCGCCUCGAGGAGCUCACGGAAAGUGAGCCAAACCGCGUCCAGGUGCUUAAGAAGGCCCGCGUAACCGCCGUUAACAAGGAAGGAAACAAGAUCACUGGUGUCACAUAUGAAUACAACGGCGAGACACACAUAGCUGAUGGUGUCGUUGUUUUGGCUACCGGUGGUUAUGCUGCUGAUUUCACGGAAGAUUCUCUUUUGAAAAAGUGGAGGCCAGACACCUUUAAUCUGUCUAGCACAAACGGUGUCCAUGCCACUGGUGAUGGUCAAAAGAUGCUCAUGGCUAUUGGUGCCAAUGGUAUUGAUAUGGACAAGGUCCAGGUCCACCCAACCGGUCUCAUUGACCCUAAAGAUCCUGACUCCAAAUGGAAGUUCUUGGCUGCUGAAGCUCUUCGUGGUGAGGGAGGCCUUCUCCUGAACUCUGAUGGCCAGCGGUUCGCCGAUGAGCUUGGCCACCGAGAUUACGUUUCUGGUGAGAUGUGGAAGGAAAAGGAGAAGGGCAAGUGGCCCAUCCGCCUCAUUCUUAACAGCAAGGCUUCCAAUGUUCUUGACUUCCACACUCGCCACUAUGCCGGUCGUGGCCUGAUGAAGAAGAUGACUGGCAAAGAGCUGGCCAAGGAAAUUGGCUGCGGAGAAGCCGCUCUUAAGAAGACGUUUGAUGAGUACAAUCAGAUUGCUGAUGGCAAGAAGAAGGAUCCAUUUGGCAAGAAAUUCUUCCACAAUGGCCCAGUGAACGUUGACGAUACAUUCUAUGUUGCCCUCAUGCAGCCCGUUCUUCACUUCACUAUGGGUGGAAUUGAGAUCAACGACAAGGCUCAAGUCUUGAACGCAGAGAAAAAGCCCUUCGAGGGCCUGUUUGCCUGUGGUGAGCUUGCUGGUGGUGUCCAUGGUGCCAAUCGUCUCGGUGGCUCCUCUCUACUGGGAUGCGUGGUUUACGGACGUGUUGCCGGUGACUCUGCUAGCCAAUUCCUCUUCCAGGAGCUUCUCUCCAACCCCUCUGCUACUGCCUCAUCGCGCCUGAACCAGAUCUCUCUUCAUAUUGACCCGUCCCAGCCUGGCAAGGUCUCGGUUGAAUGGACUACUCCAUCCGGUGGAAGUGGCGGCUCAACAUCUGUCCAAGCUGCUGCUGCUCCCGCAGCCCCUUCGAACGCAGCUGCUGCCCCUGCCAAGGCCGCGGAUGGUGCUGCUGAUCUCGCGAACUUCAAGGUUCCAGAGAAGGAAUUCACAAUGGAAGAGGUUGCCAAGCACAACAAGAAGGAUGAUCUAUGGAUUGUUGUCAAGGGUGUCGUGAUGGAUGUCACCAAUUGGCUCGAUGAGCACCCUGGUGGUGCUCAAGCUCUCUUCAGCCACAUGGGCAGGGAUGCAACUGAAGAAUUUGAAAUGCUUCACGACGACGAAGUCAUCCCAAAAUAUGCGGCGGAUAUCGUCAUCGGACGCGUCAAGGGCCAGACUCCCAGCCUUGAAUACUAAAUUGAACUCGGCUCGCUCGCCCCAUAUGAUGAUGAUCCUUUUGAUCGUUUACCCCUCGCUUAACCCCACCACGAUCGGCGUAUCUUACUAGACCGUGAAUCCACUCCCAUUCUUGGACUCUCGUGAGCACAAGAUUCGGAGAGCCGAAAUCGCCUUGUAUAUUAUAUCACCAUCUUCACCAUCUUUCAAGCACCAAAAAAAAAAAAAAAAAAAAAAAAAGGGCUACUAUGAUGGGUGAUAUUUUGCCUUCUCGUUUGAUCUGAUUUGGCAUUUUUUGCAUUUUUUCCCUCUCUUCUUUUGAUCUACUCUCGUACAUUUUUGAAAUCCAAUACCUUUUUCUGUGUACAUGAUUGCAUUUUCCUUCGCAGCUUUUAUUGUAAAAAAUCAGUUUUCAAGCUGUAGAAAUAAAAGAGCAUAUCGAUUUGACUUUAUCCCACUGUUACAUACUUCAAAUACUUCAAUGGUUUGGUGUCGGGCUGUAGUGUCGCUGUCUUCUCUGUCUCUCAGUGCCAUGUAGAGAUGGAAGGAAAUCCGCUGCAUGACAAAUUCAACCAAGCCCUACCCCUUCUACCAGCCUGUGGGAAGAUCCGAACACAGCAGCCAAGCAUUCUAUAUUUAAUGGCGAAGCUGCAAGCUUAAGUUGGAAAAACGAUCAAGUGGUAUCUACCUUCUCUAUCCCUUGAUACAGUCCGCCAAUGAAUUCCUUCAAAUCCACCGGAUAAACAGCAGCGAACACACUGCCCGCCAGGUACAAAACAACCGCCGUAACGAAGACAUUGACACGUUGCCUCAUGGUAAUCCCGUCUCCACGCCCAAUUCCCUCCCCAUAACACCGAGCCCGCUCCCCCUCACAAACCCUUCUCAACACCUCCACAUCAUCCGUGACAACCCCAUCAAGCCCGUGCCGUACACACCACCGCAUCAGCGCCUCCUCAUUCACCGUCCACGCGAAGACGUGCUGGCCCGCAGCCUGCGCGUCGGCGAGGAAGCGCGCCCCGCCGGGCCCCAUCAGGGCUUCCAGUUUCAGGUUGAAGAUUACGUGCGGGACGCGCAGACGCAGGAAUUGGCGGGCGUAGGAGAGGGAGAAGGAGAUUAGGCAGACGGGAUAGGUGGGGAGGUGGGUGUGGGAGAGGAUGAGAUAUUUAGCCUGGUAGCAGAUGGUUACAUAUAUCGCUGGCUUUGCUAUAGGGAAUAGGAUGUAAACUUACUGUCCAACAGCCGAGGAUUAUCCUUUCAUUCCAUGGUUUGUGUUCUGGACGGAUGGCGGUGGAGCGGAGUAGGUCGGCGAGAGCACGCAUGAUUUUUUGGGCGGGGUUGUCUAGCUAUUUAUUUUAUUGUAGUAAAUAACAUUAGCACGAUUUUAAAAAAUGAAAUGGAAAUAUAUAUAAAACAAAAUCGGAUGGAUAAACCCACCUUUAU